CACCGAAAGCGCUUUGCAGACCCUCUUCCUCUUCCUCCAACCUGCUGUUCCUGUGAAGGCUGGCUCGUCUUGGUUCCGGCUUGUGAUACCCCAUUUCUUUGUUUCCUUUUUCCCUCGUCCAUUGCAAAAAUCGAAGCAAGAUGCAGCGCGCAUUGACUUCCCGUGCCCGCGCCUCGGCCCUGUCCGGCGCUUACAAGUACCGAUCUGGAGGUAGCCUGGGUCAGCAACUUCGGUUUGCUCACAAGGAACUCAAGUUCGGUGUCGAGGGCCGUGCUGCUCUCCUGGCUGGUGCCGAUACUCUGGCCAAGGCUGUUGCUACCACUCUUGGUCCCAAGGGCCGAAACGUCCUGAUCGAGUCCAGCUUCGGCUCCCCCAAGAUUACCAAGGACGGUGUUACUGUCGCCAAGGCCAUCAGCCUCAAGGACAAGUUUGAGAACCUCGGCGCCAAGCUGAUACAAGAUGUUGCUUCCAAGACCAACGAGACUGCUGGUGACGGCACCACCAGUGCCACCGUCCUAGCCCGUGCCAUCUUCUCCGAGACCGUCAAGAACGUUGCUGCUGGCUGCAACCCCAUGGACCUGCGCCGUGGUAUCCAGGCUGCUGUCGACUCCGUCGUCGACUUCCUGCAGAAGAACACCCGUGACAUCACCACCAGCGAGGAGGUUGCUCAGGUCGCCACUAUCAGUGCCAACGGUGACCACCACGUUGGCAAGCUGAUUGCCAAUGCCAUGGAGAAGGUUGGCAAGGAGGGUGUCAUCACCGUCAAGGAGGGCAAGACCCUGCAGGACGAGCUUGAGGUCACUGAGGGUAUGCGAUUCGACCGCGGUUAUGUUUCCCCCUACUUCAUCACCGACGCCAAGUCUGGCAAGGUUGAGUUUGAGAACCCUCUGAUCCUCCUCUCCGAGAAGAAGAUCUCUGCUGUCCAGGACAUCAUCCCCGCUCUCGAGGCCUCUACCCAGCUCCGCCGCCCCCUUGUCAUCGUUGCCGAGGAUAUUGACGGCGAGGCUCUGGCCGUCUGCAUUCUGAACAAGCUCCGUGGCCAGCUCCAGGUCGCCGCCGUCAAGGCCCCCGGCUUCGGUGACAACCGCAAGUCCAUCCUUGGCGAUCUUGCCGUCCUGACCAACGGAACUGUCUUCUCUGACGAGCUUGACAUCAAGCUUGAGAAGGCCACCCCCGACAUGCUGGGUUCCACCGGCUCCAUCACCAUCACCAAGGAGGACACCAUCCUUCUCAACGGUGAGGGCAGCAAGGAUGCCAUCUCUCAGCGAUGCGAGCAGAUCCGUGGUGUCAUUGCUGACCCCACCACCUCUGAGUACGAGAAGGAGAAGCUCCAGGAGCGUCUGGCCAAGCUGUCUGGCGGUGUUGCCGUCAUCAAGGUUGGUGGCUCCUCCGAGGUUGAGGUCGGUGAGAAGAAGGACCGAUUCGUCGAUGCCCUGAACGCCACCCGCGCUGCCGUUGAGGAGGGUAUCCUGCCUGGUGGUGGCACUGCCUUGAUCAAGGCCUCUUCCCAGGCCCUGAACGACGUCAAGGCUGCCAACUUUGACCAGCAGCUCGGCAUUACCAUUGUCAAGAACGCCAUCACCCGACCCGCCCGAACCAUCAUCGAGAACGCCGGUCUGGAGGGCUCCGUCGUCGUUGGCAAGCUCACCGACGAGUACGGCAGCGACUUCAACCGCGGUUUCGACAGCGCCAAGGGUGAGUACGUCGACAUGAUCCAGGCCGGUAUCCUUGAUCCCCUCAAGGUUGUCCGCACUGGUCUCAUUGAUGCCAGCGGUGUUGCUUCUCUGCUGGGUACCACUGAGGUUGCCAUCGUCGAGGCCCCUGAGGAGCGACCUGCUGGUCCUCCCAUGGGCGGCAUGGGCGGCAUGGGAGGAAUGGGUGGCAUGAUGUAAGAUGUCACUACAAGAAGAAAAGAAAAAAACGGAACAGGAAAUGAUGUAUAAAAACUAUUCUAUGACGGGGCAUGGUUUCCGGUGUUAUACUAGAAGGACGGUUCAAGUGGCCUACUACCCAUCUCCCCUCACUCCAUCUUCCUCUCGAUCUGCCUGUCCAUCUAUUACAGCUGAGCUUUGAGCUUGUCCCGUCUCCAUGAUGAGCGGGCGAGCCGGGUCUUGCUGUCUAUGUAUUGUAUUGUAGCGCUCCUGGCCAUGUACCACUACCAAAAAAAGGGAUAAUAACGAAUGAAAUGUUUUUAACGAG